AAAUGCACAUCACGUUCAGGAAGCGCAGCUCAGAGAGGAUUCUGCUGAUCCACGGGGUUGUUGGAGGAGGACUCGGAUGAAAACAGUUUUGGUUUCAGUCAUAUUGUUUUCAUGUUGACGCAGACACAUAUGUUGCUUGCAUAUUGUGGAGUUGUAGCUUGAAGGUACGCAGUAAGAGCAGAGUCCUAAAUGGGCUGAUGAUGUUUAAAUGUGAUUUAGACUUAAAAAGCAAAAGUAGAUAGUGUUGUUUGAAACUAGGCUUUAGAAGAUUAUUUUUACUCAAGUCAGAUUCUGCAGUAUUACAGUAGGCUGUAGUCAUAUGUGUCCAUGCAGCAUAAAGUAGACUGUGCCAAUCAAGGCAUUAUGUGCAUGUAGAGGCUAAAGAUUUGGGAGCCGCUUGUGUGUCAACAUGUCAGUAAAAGGUGUUGCCAUUUACACUUUUCUAAGUGAAAACAAGGAAGAGAUCAACAUCCAGGAAAAUGAGGAAGUGGUUAUCUUUGACGAGAACUCGGUGGAUGGCUGGGUCUUGGGGGAAAACAGCCGAGGGGAGCGGGGUCUCUUCCCUAAAUCUUAUGUGAAUAUCAUUCGCACUCGCUCCGACUCCAACGUGACGGACUGCUCCAUAAGCCCGGCAGGCUCUUUAGGAAAUGACUCCCCCCAUCUACCGUCUACACCAAACACAUCCAUUAAUUCUGCACAGAUUUAUGACGAAGACUACUACGAUGACUGGGACGACUGGGACGACAGAUCCACAGUGGUGGAUGAUGCUGAUCACACUAACACUAGCACUACUGGAGCUAACGGACAUAUCUUUCAGGCCCCACCAUCGAAUAAUCCUAACGUGCAUUACCGGAACAAACCAGUCUCCGGACAAGACAGCAUGGCCAGCGGCAGGAAGGGUAGCAUGGUGGGCAGAAACUUGAACAGAUUUUCCAGCUUUGUCCGCUCAGGCGUGGAGGCGUUUGUGCUUGGUGAUGUCCCCAUGAUGGCAAAGAUUGCAGAGUCGUACACCAUUGAGAUGGGUUCACUGGGACCUCAAUGGAAGGCUAAUCCCAGGCCAUUCAUCUGCUCUAUUGAAGACCCAACCAAACAGACAAAGUUCAAGGGUAUUAAGACCUACAUAUCAUACAGAGUGACACCGAGCCACAUAGGCCGGCCAGUGUACAGGCGAUACAAACACUUUGACUGGUUGUACAACCGUUUACUGCACAAGUUCACUGUGAUCUCUGUGCCUCACCUCCCUGAGAAGCAGGCCACCGGUCGGUUCGAGGAGGACUUUAUCGAGAAGCGAAAGAGGCGACUGAUUCUGUGGAUGAACCACAUGACCAGCCACCCGGUCCUCUCGCAGUAUGAAGGCUUUGAGCACUUUCUGAUUUGUGCUGAUGAUAAGCAGUGGAAACUGGGUAAGAGGCGGGCAGAGAAGGACGAAAUGGUGGGAGCCCAUUUCAUGCUGACUCUUCAGAUCCCCAACGAGCACCAGGACCUUCAGGACGUCGAGGAGAGAGUUGACAACUUCAAGACCUUUGCCAAGAAAAUGGACGACAGUGUGAUGCAGCUCACGCAUGUUGCCUCCGAGCUCGUGCGUAAGCACCUGGGCGGGUUCAGGAAGGAGUUCCAGCGACUUGGGAAUGCCUUCCAGUCCAUUAGCCAGGCGUUCACACUUGACCCACCCUACAAGACAGAUGCCCUCAACAAUGCCAUCUCCCACACUGGCCGCACCUAUGAAAACAUCGGAGAGAUGUUUGCAGAGCAACCUAAGUAUGACCUCUUCCAGAUGUUGGAUAAACUCUCGCUCUAUCAAGGCCUGCUCGCCAACUUCCCGGACAUCAUUCAUCUACAGAAAGGCGCCUUCGCCAAGGUGAAGGAGAGCCAGCGGAUGAGCGACGAGGGGAAGAUGGACCAAGACGAAGCAGACGGGAUCAGGAAACGCUGCCGGACUGUGGGCUUCGCCCUCCAGGCAGAAAUGAGCCACUUCCAUCAGCAACGAGAGGUGGACUUCAAAGACAUGAUGCAAGCCUACCUCAGGGAGCAGAUAGCCUUUUACCAGCGUGUCGUCCAGCAACUGGAGCGCACCCUGCGCAUGUACGACGGCCUUUGAACACUCCAGACUCACUCCACAUGCCAAAACGUCAAGAAGAAAAGAACACAUUUUGACUCCCUUUUUUUCAUAUAUCAGGGUGCUGUAUAGGCGGAAAAGAAAACCCGGUAGUUACUGAAGCGAUGCACAAAGCCAGCCAUUAAUUCACUCUGAUGGAUUCAAAGAAACGUUUUUAAAAAGACCUACUUUUUUAUAUCUAAAAUACACUUCAAAUAGGCAAAGUCAGUAUAUUUUAUAUAAUUUGUUGUUUAUGACAAUGAAAAUGAAAAGUACAGGUUAGAUAGGGAUACACAUAAAUAAAGCCAUAAAGAAGGCCCUGUGCUUUUCUUCUCUUAAAGCGAUCCGUGAAUAGUUGUACCGAUAGACUUUUAUUUCACAGAGAAAAACAAUACAGUAGCUUUUUUUAAAAUCUGCUUAGUUCUUACAAAUUUAAAUUAAAUAUUGACAUGCGGACGUCGCAUUGAGUUUAGCCAUUUUAAACUUACCUUAAAAUGGCUAAACUCGUCUUUUGCCUAACAAUAUUAUUAUACGACGGGAGGAAUCUGUGUCUUCACUGAAUUUUCGAUGAGAAAUCUUCACUCCGCAACGCAUUCUGAGUAGAUGGCGCCAGCUCCGACAGUCAUUUUGUGCUAUAAAUGACGUUGCGUUCUGUUUCAGCUUGAAGUGAAGCGCGAUUAAACAGAAGGCAAUGGAGAAAAGACAAGAAGAAACGAGGAUGAGGAGAGAUUCGGCUGAAAAAGCUAGAGUUUGCGCUGGUUUUUUAGCUCCAGCUAACAGUGUUAGCUCCAGCUCCUCUGCCAGGCAUACCGCAUGUUAAAAAUGGCCGCCCCCGCAUGUGCACAAUGUAAUAAAGACGUUUUUGAAGUGAUUAUGAUUUUUUUUAUUUUGCAAACAACUUUUAGGUUAAUUUAAAAAAUGACAUAUUUUUCGUAGCCAAUAUGUUCUAAGCUAGUCAUGGUAACUCUUUUCCAGGAUCAAUUCAGGCUUUAUAUUUAAACCAAAAAGAUGAAAAGAAUCAAACAUAAUGGCACACAUAUAUAUUUUUUACACCGGCCGUUGAAUGAUCUGGAUUUUCUUUUUCUGCUCAGUAUCGAGGAAUGUUAGCUUGACUUUGCUGAGAGCGCAUCCUGCUCAGGUCUUGGCUGCUUCAACUUUCAUGUCACUAAGGCCUCGACUCGCUUUGGGACGACUGCAGUCGAUUUUCAGUAGCUUUCUUUCAGUUUGUGCCUUUGGGGAAACUUUGCUUUUUCAUAAUAUUUUGUGAGUUUAGCAUUUUCUUCUUGUGUACCCCAGGGGGGAAUUGUUGGUAUGAGCUUAGUGUGUCUGGACAAGUUUGCACAUGUCUUUUUCAUGGUCGUAGUCAUGGGUUUGUUUUACGUUGUGAGGCUGAAGUCUUAAGAUGAGUCAAAAGCUGUGCUUAACUCCCUGCUACACAGGGGAGAAAAACAAAUGUAUAACUUUAUAUGUAGCAGCAAUUUGAAAUUACGUCAUGGAAACAGUGUAGAGAGUGAAAGGGACACACUGUCUUAUGUGCUGGAUGAAAGAAAUGGUAGUGCUCUCAUGUUUGUACAAUAAAGAGAUAUUACUAUA